CAGCCUAUGUGUUGCUUUAAAAGCCCAAAUUAAUAGUCCUUACACCGCCAUGCAUCACUGAUUCGAAUCUACAGUUCUCAUUUCCAGUUCAGCCGCGAGAAUUCGCAGAAAAACUUUUCCCGCGAAAAUAUAAUCGUCAAGCGCUACGCUUCUUCGUAGUUCCUCCAUCCACAAAAUUCGCUAGUCGAUCCUGAGUCAUCUGGCACUGGUUCUUAGUUCUUUACAGGCUUCAAUCGCCAACAAUUUGUUCAAGUUGAUCUCUCUCUGAAUAAAAAAAAUCGCUGGCUUCGUUACGGCAUUCUUUCUUGAUCUCUUGCCUGAUUGAUCUCUCUGAUUCUGAAGACAAGAUAAAUUGGAAAAUUUCAGUUUGGCGGAGUGUUGUUUUGAUUCUCUUUCUGGUGAAGCUACCCUGCUUUUGUAUGCCACAGAAUGCCAUGGAAUUGUUGGUAAUCUUUAAAGGCUGAAAUGAGAUGCAAUGCGUGCUGGCGAGAGCUGGAAGGGCGAGCCGUUUCCACCACAUGUGGUCAUUUUUUAUUAUGCUUUCUGAAAGGCACAGAAGAUGCCAGCAAAAUUCUUAGCAACGAUGGAGCAUGUCCUAUUUGUGAUCAAGUGCUCUCUAAGAGUCUUAUGAAAGCUGUGGACGUCAGUCCACCUGAUGAAUGGGUAAACAUGGCUCUCGCGGGAUUGAAUCCUCAGAUAUUGAUGAAGGCUACAUACAAAAGCAUAAUGUUCUACGUUGGACAAAGGGACUUGGAAAUGCAGUACAAGAUGAACAGAUUAGUUGCUCAAUGCAGGCAAAAAUGCGAAGCAAUGCAGGAAAAAUUUACAGAAAAACUGGAGCAGGUACACACUGCAUACCAGAAAAUGGUAAAAAGGUGCCAAAUGCUGGAGCAAGAGAAUGAGAGCUUAUCUAAAGACAAGCAGGAGCUCCAGGAUAAAUUUGCAGAAAAAUCCCGACAGAAGAGGAAAUUGGAUGAACUGUAUGAUCAAUUAAGAAGUGAGUACGAGUCUAUGAAAAGAUCUGCCAUCCAACCUGCAAACAACUUUUAUUCAAGAAACGAGCCUGAUUUGUUUUCCAACCCAACAAACAUUGGAAGCAACAGAGAAUGUCCGCGAAGAGAUCGGCGGGUUAUGCCUGAAACUCCAGGGCCUCGAGAGGAUGUAUGGACAGCACGGCAGAAUAGUUCAAACUCUGGUGGUCCCUUUGAUAUCUCUGUUGGUUCACCAGCAAAACAAACUGGUAUGCCCGUCGAUGGUGGAAACAGAAGACCCGGUGCUCAUUCUAUUUUUGGAACUGGAAGUGGAACAGGAAACCCCUCAAUGACUUUGAGGAACUUGAUACUCUCACCUAUCAAGAGGCCUGAACUCUCUCGUAACAGAGCACAUUUGUUCACGUUGUAGGAUCAAGGUUGAAGGUUUACUGUCUACUAGAGUAACCAACUACUUUAAGAACUUUUAUUCAUCCUCUUUGUAUGUAUCCUUUUUUCAUGUGGAAAAUAACUCGCUACCUUUCUUCUUCCCAAUGAGAAUUGUGUUGAAAAGGGCAGAUUGCAGAAACUCUAAUCAGUAGUUUUUUUUGGUGAACUACGAUAUGGCGGCUUAUAUUCUCAUAGAUAUUUGAAUAAUGAUAAUAGUCUGAUCCAUCGUUUAUUAUUACUUCAG